AUGUAUAAUCAUAAUUUUAAUUUCCGAGGGAAUUUUACAUUCCAACCUUUUAUUCCUGCACCAUUUCCACCACCACCACCUCCACCACCUUUGUUUUUUAUCCCACCAACACCAGUUAUGCCAUUGGAAAUAGAAGAUACUAAGGUAAUGAAAUAUUAUGAGUCCCGAAUACCCCCAAAACUACCUAAACCUAAAACUCCAGUUACCAUAUCCCUUCUCAAAGACAAAUUAAAGAGUGUGUUACUGUUGCUAAAUGAUGUAAAAAGUAAAGAAAAUGUGUUGAGAGAGAAUAUGAACUCAUAUUCAGAUGAAGAAUGGAGUUCAAAGUUAAAAGACAUUGCGGAUGCAAAGAAGAAAAUUACAGAAGAAAUGAAUGAUGUUAAUGAAACAGAUUUUUAUGAGAUAAGAAAGAUGAUCACUUCACGUAUUUCAAAACGCAUGCGUCUAAAAAGACAGAAGGUGGAGAGGAUAAUGGACAAAGAACAGAGAAAAAAAGAUAGAGAAGAAAAGUCCAGAAAGAUUGAUGAGUAUUUGCAGCGGGUUAAGGAUGAAUUGAACAAAGCAAAACAGGUAUAUGGGUGUUUUCAGUAA